GCUGUGUUGUGCCGUUCUCGUGUCCUCGCUGGUGUGGGGCGUCGGCGUCACCUGAGGGUGUUUCUCUCCACAGACUUAGGAAACGCCCGUGCGAAGUUAGGGUGAGGAGCGAGGGAGGUGCCGGGUGCUGGAAGAGGAGACCGACUUCCUCCGCGCGCUUGCUUGCCUUCGAAUCCCAACGACGCUCGCGAGAGAGAGCAACGAAAUCGACUUGUUCCUCCUUGGAGCAGAAGCAGAAGCAGGGACAGACGAAGAAGCAGAAGCAGGGACAGAAGAAGAAGAAGAAGCAGAAGCAGGGACAGAAGAAGAAGAAGAAGCAGAAGCAGGAGUAGAAGACGAAGUGAGCAGGAGUUGGAAGUUGAUGGAAGAAUAGGACAAAAGAAGAAGAAGAAGAAGACGUUCCAUGGUAGCUUGUUUUGAACGUGUUGUGGCGGCGCAGAAGCAAAUAGAUAAAUGAAUAAAUAAAUAAGAAGAAACGGAAGAGGUUCUCGGAAGUGAGUCGUUAAAAAAAAGUAUAUAUAUAAGGAAAGAGAGAUAGAAGGAGAAAGAGAGUGAUGUCACCCAUAGUUUGCUAGUGUGAAGUGUGGAAUUCUCUCUGCCUGAGGAGGAACUAUUGUUUUUUUUUUAUUUAUUUAGAUAUAAGUUUAAUUUAGGAAGAAAAAUCGUAUAGAAACGUCUUUCAGAGCAAUUAUUUGCUUACUAUUCAUCACAUGGUGUCAGGAAGUGUCUGUGAUAUAUCGACCUAUACAAAAAAGUUAUAAUAAUAAUAAAAAUAUAGAAGUGGAGAAAACGGGAAGUGAAGAAAACGAGAGAAACAUCAUCAACGGAGAGGAGGAACUUCGAUAAAACAAGAAAUGGAGAAUAAAAAAGGAGAUAGAGGAGUCCGGAAGGAGAGAAGCUUUGUACAGGACCGAAGUUUCCCUGAACGACCGGCCUUCUGGAGGAGUGCGUCGUUCUGCCGGGCCGGCGAAGGGCGCGGGGGCCAGCAGCAUCACCAGCAUCAGCAGCAGCAUCAGCAGGCGGACCCGGCGGCGAUGAAGAAGGAGAGGAGCUUCGUCAGGCAUUCUCACCACCAGCAGUACCAGCACUCCAACGCCAACAACAACAACAACAACAAUAACAACAACAACAGCCACCACCACCACCACCAGAAUAGCGACCGCCGCGUCCUCGCCCGUGAGAGGAGCUUCGUGCGCCCCCAGUCUGCCUUCGACCACUUCCAG